AAUGGGUGAUGUUGAGAAGGGCAAGAAGAUUUUUGUUCAGAAGUGUGCCCAGUGCCAUACUGUGGAAAAGGGAGGCAGGCGAAAGACAGGUCAGGCUGUCGGAUUCUCUUACACAGAUGCCAACAAGAACAAAGGCAUCACCUGGGGAGAGGAGAUGCUGAUGGAGUAUUUGGAGAAUCCCAAGAAGUACAUCCCUGGAACAAAAAUGAUCUUUGCUGGCAUUAAGAAGAAGGGAGAAAGGGCAGACUUGACAGAUUACCUCAAAAAAGCUACUAAUGAGUAAUAGUUGGCCACUGCCUUAUUUAUUAUGAAACAAAUGUCUCAUGACUUUUUAUGUGUACCAUAUUUAAAUUGAUCU